AUGCGCAACACCGCCGUCGCCUCGUCGCUGCUCGUCACGGCAGCUCACGCCGCCAAUAUGCUGUACGUGUCUUCGUACAGCGGCAAAGUCACGACGCUGGACGUGUCGAACGCUUGCGGCCCGGGGUGUACCGCCUCGGGCAGCGUUCCUGUGCUCAAGACGAUUUCGUGGACGGACGGAUGUAAGGGCAGUCCGUCGUGGCUGACUCUCGAUUCUGCCGAGUCGACGCUGUUUUGUAUCGAUGAGGGCUUGACCUCUAGCAAGGGCUCGAUCUCGUCCUUCAAGACGAAUCCUGAUGGGUCGUUGAGCAUGCUUAAAAAGGUGAGUUCGCUGAGUGGUCCUGUUAGUGGUGCUUUGUAUGGUGGUGGGAGAGGUUUGGCCGUGGCUCACUAUGAUGCCGGCGCCUUUACGGCCUGGGACGUCUUCAACCCCUCGAAAUUGAAGCUCGUUCAAACGGAGAAAUAUCGCAUGAACGGUCCUGGCCCCGAUCCAGACAGACAGGACGCUCCUCACCCUCACCAAACUGUUCUCGAUCCCACGGGCAAGUUCAUCGUUGUGCCUGACCUAGGCGCCGAUAAGGUGUACGUCUACGCCGUCGGCAGCAAUGAUCUCAAAGUGAAGGCCUUGACUCCCAUUUCCGUCAAGCCUGGCAGCGGUCCUCGCCACCUCGCCUUUGCUGUUCGCGACGGCAAGACCUUCAUGUACUUGGUUACAGAGCUGGCGAGCACCAUCAUCGGCUACGAGGUUACCUACCCUGCUGGCUCCAUCAAGUUCAAGGAACUGUUCAACAUUGGUUCCCACGGUGCGGGAAAACCUGUUUCCAAAACGGCAUACGCAUCUGAAGUGGUUGUCUCUCCUGAUGCCAAGUACCUUAUUGUUUCGUCUCGCGGCGACAACACCUUCACCAUCCCCAACUUUGACCCCAAGAAUAGCACCAAGAUUAUCUCUGACCCGCUCAUCAACUUCUCCAUUGACGCCAAGUCUGGAAGCCUCACGCCUAUUCAGGAGGCCCCGUGUGGUGGGCGCUAUCCUCGCCAGUUUUCUAUGAACAAGGCUGGUACUUUGGUGGCGGUUGGAGAGCAGAAAGACGCCAGGGUUGUUCUCAUCAAGAGGGAUCCUGCGAGUGGCAAAUUGGGUGAUUUUGCGGGUUAUGCAAAUGUUGCGGGGGAAAUUACUUCAGUCAUUUUCAACGAGUAG